CCUCGUUCUGGGUAUCUCUAUAAAAGCCCUUGAAACCUAGUUUAAAGUCUUUGCCGUCGCCCCCGAAACCCUAACCCAACUGAGCGAGGCUGCGAGAGGGAGAGAAGCGAUAACAUGACGACACGUUUUAAGAAGAACCGGAAGAAGCGCGGGCACGUCAGUGCUGGGCACGGCCGUAUCGGUAAGCACAGGAAGCACCCUGGAGGUAGGGGAAACGCCGGAGGGAUGCACCACCACCGCAUCCUCUUCGACAAGUACCAUCCGGGGUACUUCGGAAAGGUCGGCAUGAGGUAUUUCCACAAGCUGCGCAACAAGUUCUACUGUCCAAUUGUCAACGUCGAAAAACUCUGGUCGCUUGUGCCCCAGGAGGCCAAGGACAAGGCCACCAAGGACAGCGUGCCUUUGGUCGACGUCACCCAGUUCGGAUUCUUCAAAGUACUCGGAAAGGGAGUCUUGCCCGAGAACCAGCCCGUCGUUGUCAAGGCCAAACUCAUCUCCAAGAUCGCCGAGAAGAAGAUCAAGGAGGCCGGUGGGGCUGUGGUUCUCACUGCUUAGGAGGUCGUUGGGUAAUCUCGGAUUUCGCGAGCGAUUUGUGGGUUCAGAUGCUUAGGAUUUUGUGUUUGAUGGUUUGAUUGAUCUGAACUUGUUUAGUUACUGUUGGAUCUCACAUUUGGAUAUCUUUUGAAUGGGAAAUGUUACAAAUUUUGAUCAUGCUA